AUGAAAUGGUCGGGCUUUUUAAUGGAUUCUGUGAGCGGUCGCACGCGUUUUGCAUACAAUGAAAGGGAAUUCAAGAGACAACAAGAGGAUGCUGAGAAAUUACAAAUGAGUCUGAACCGAAUGGUUCCUGCUGCAGAAACAAAAGAUUUAGGCGCAUGCGUCACGGUAGGAAACAGUCUUACCAAGGCUUUUCGUCAGGUGGAUCGUAUUUGUAUGAGAAAUAAUGUUCCCCGUCAAUUCAAAAAUCAACGGUUUCAUGAAAAACCUAGUGAAAAGCGUUCACGUCUUCGCUCAGAAGCCCAUCGAGCAAAGUUUCGUGCCGGUAUUAUACGACUUGUUAGUUUAGCAAAGAAUAUGAGACGCUGGGGAUAUUGA